GUCGUCAUCUUGUCAUUCUAAACGUGCAUGGCAGUGCACCAGAAAACAAACACCGAAACUCAUCGCAUUAACGACCGCUAUGACUCCAUGUUAUGUAUCCGCCUUUUACUAUACAUAAUAACCUGGCUCGACAUAUACCACCACAUCAACACUACCACCACCGUCAUCAUAUAUUAUCACCAUCAUCAUCAAACCAGAUACCCUUCGUCAUUACCUCGUUAUGGCCAGCUUCUGUUUGUUUCGGCACUUUUGUGGAGUUCUCUUUCCUCUCGCUUUCAUGGCCUGCGCUGCUGCUACUAUUGCUGCUGCAGUUGUUGCUGCUUCGCCGCAACAUUUACCCUUCUUCAGAUUGACACCCGUUUGUACCAUUCAUCACUUUCCUUUGCAUACACACUUCUCAUUGUUCAAAAAGCGCAUCGUUAGCACCCUCCACUACCACUGACUCCCGCGCUGUUGCUGCAGUA